UUGGUGGAGGUGUCUGCUUUUAGGGACUUUUUUAUAAGCACUUAUGUUAAGUUCUUUAUUAAAAAAAAACUACCGUUUCUACGCAAAAUCAAACCUUACCUCAGUUUUCUUACAACUAUUCUUAAUUCUUUAUUAGUUGCUCACAAUGGCUUGUUCUUUGACUAUCGCGUGUUAUACGGUGAACUUUCAAGGUGCGGAUUCAUCGAGAAGGACAUGGGAAUUCCAGAAGGGGUCGUAUUUAUCGAUUCGUAUUUGACCAUUCGAGAAUUAGAAGACAUUCAUCGCAACGAACUCCAUCAUGCCACAAAAUUAGUUGAUUGGAAAUUACGUGGGUGCACCUUCAACUACUACAUUAUUUCAACGAAUUAUAUUUUAAGAGUUCGAAGAGAUGAAUUUUCCAAUUCAUUUGCCUCCACAACGUCAUGA